CUAGUGACUUGCGCGUGAUCGUGGCGCCACCGAUCUGGCCGGCGCUGGGCGGCGGCCUUGCUAAUCGAGCCCAUCUGUUGAAAUGCAUGGGAUUCAUGGCUCUACUGACGUUCGAUUUGGCCGAUGUCGACGAUGUUCGAUCUGCUCGACGUGCUCCGGCAGUCCAGCGCAGUCGAUGUCAUCGAGGUUCGUACAGUUGGGGCUUGCUUGCUGAUUGAGCCAACCUGGUGACUUGCACGUGAUCGUGGCGCCACCAAUCUGGCCGGCGCUGGGCGGCGGCCUUGCUAAUCGAGCCCAUCUAUUGAUAUGCAUGGGAUUCAUGGCGCUGGUGACGUUUGAUUUGGCCGAUGUCAACGAUGUUCGAUUUGCUCGACGUGCUCCGGCAGUCUAGCGCAGUCAAUGUCGUCGAGAUUUGACUGGCUCGACGGGCUUCAGAUUGUCUUCCCGACCACAACCCACGGGGACUAGACUCUAGAGGCCAGCACCUUCGCAAUGUCCGGCCACAAAACAUGCAUGCAGUGCUGGGUACCUGCCUCGUGCGAUCGACAGAGGAGUACUGCGUCGGCCAGGCGGCGUCUUCUUGUGGAGCAGACAAGGGCUCUCGUGUGGGCUUUAGGAUGAUAUUUGGUGCAAAUCUGUUAUCUGUCCAGCUUCGUUCUAAGAUGUCCGAGUUGCAAGUCUCAACAUAUGCGUGGUUGUGAUAUCCCUAAAAAAACUGGUUGUGUAUACAGGCACGGCUUACUGUCUGUGCAUAGCAUAUAAUCGUCAUCUUUUUGCACGGAGGACACAUACAUAAAGCUUCUCACCCCAAGCAGUGUCUAGGUUGAUCCAGAUCCUGUUGCUGCUGGCUUCGUCCUUGAUUAUUUUCAACGAUGUGCAUCUUACUCGACAGGCUAUCGUCUUCUAUUUUUUUCCCAGCCAUCGCUACGAAAGUUGGUACAGAGUACAUACCUCACAUGCAUGUUUGUUUGGUCCAUCAUCAGUUUGUCGCAUAGUCAGGGUGUGCCACGGUCCUCCCGAACUUGGACGUUUGCUCUGCCAAUCUGUCACGAAAAAUACCAUCAAUGACUGCUCAGUUGCUAUGGCUAAGCACUACUAGCUUUGGUCAUCAUGGUGACAAUCGCUCGACCAAAAUACAUGGUGACAAUGGCAGUGAGUUAUUUUCUUGUUGAGUUCAGACCUUCAUAAAUAUGUGGUGCAUUAGUUGGUGCAUAAAUCAUGCUAAUUGCUGCAUCAACAUGUUUUGUGUUAUCUUACCCCUAUCUUUGCAAAUUCAUCAUUAAUUAAUUCAUAUAUGAUUAUUUGAGAUCAUUUAUGUCAUUGUAUUUGUAUUUAGGGAUUAAUGUAUCAUAACGGCCAUACACGAUUCCAUCAUUAAUCCUGUUAAUAUUGAUCAUGUUUUGGAAUAUUGGAUUGCUUACAAAUCUGAAAAAUAAUUUACCACUGAAACAACUGUAAAUGUAGCAAAAGAAAAGUAGAAAUACUUAAAAUUACAAAUGGCCAUUCUUGAAAAAACAUACAUUUUCACAUCGGAAACCAUCCUACUAAAUAUUAGUCUCCUUUCAAAGACAUAGGUCAUAGCAACACUUCUCCUUCAAGAUGUGAUCUGCGUAAACAUGAUCAAUUGAUUUCCUACUUCACCUUAGACUAAGCUAUAUGUUCAUUUAUUUUGUACCCGUUGCAACGCACGGGCUCUUUUGCUAAUAAAGUUUUAUAUUCUUUAUUUUUGAGUGCAUAAAAACAAUCAGAUGGCCCAUCGCCGGCCCAGCCCGGCCAACAAUUUGCUGGUCUACCUUUCCACACCACACCACCAAUCUCUGUGUCGCUGUCGCCGUUCUCUUCUUUCUUUCUCUUGUGCGUGUCUUUAAAGCCCGACUCGCCUCGCCUCGCCUCGCCUCGCCGUCUCUGCCUCCUCUCCGCGAACCACCACCGCGCCCAGACAGCAGGCCCUCACCGUACUCUACUCCCGGCGGCUUGCAGCUGCUCUCUGCUUGUCGCGCGCUCGGCUCCCGCAACCGCCGCUCAAUCUCUUCCCGUGGGACCUGCAGAUUCUGUUGUUUGUCUGGCCGGCGUCGUCCGUUUCCCGGGUGCGACAAGAGAAUCGGAGGGCCCGCGUGCUCGGAGCUACGAAGGCUUCGCCGCAGCGGAGCCUCGCCUGCAUGGAGACUAAGAUGGAGUCACUUGAACUCAAAGACAAUGGUGAAAACCAACCAUCUUUAGAAGCUUCUAUUGCUUCAGAUGUGAUAUAUGACAAAGCACCUGUAUGUCCACGCAUUGGAAGUGAAUACCAGGCAGAAAUCCCCAAUCUGUCCACAGAGGUUGAGCGCCAUCGGCUCAUGACCAGCACACCAGAAAGCAUCGUACUUGGUUAUGAUUACCCUGGUAUGAUUGGGUUAGCUAUACCAAUCAUGUGGGUACCAAGUGAAGUCCAUAAGGAGGACGAUUCACGAAGGCAGCAUUCUUCAGAAUCCGAAGCAAGAGCUAGCGACCAAGGCGAGGAUAGUCAGGUGACCUCAAUUUAUCCAAUCAGAAAUAAUACAAAUGCCCAUGAUUCAACAUACCAGGAUCAACAUUCAAUGCUGUCUGUUAAUCAGAUAGAAUCUUGCAUCAAUCAAGCACAUGAUGAGAACUUGGCUCCAUUCUCUACUCAAGAAGGUCCGGGUUUUACCAAUAAGUUGUUGACCCAACAAGGGGAAAUCGAGCAAUUUACUCCACUGCCCGGUUUGCCCAGUUCGCUUUGGAGUGCUACUGAGGCAGAAUGUUUUCUUCUCGGGCUCUACAUUUUCGGCAAAAAUCUAAGCCUCUUGAGCAGGUUUCUUGGUAAUAAGACCGUUGGGGAUGUACUCUCAUACUACUAUGGAAUAUUCUACAAAAGAAAUGCUUAUAAAAGAUGGUCGGACUGCAGAAAAGCAAGAACUACGAGAUGCAUUAUUGGGGAACGCAUCUUUACAGGUUGGCGGCAGCAGGAGAUUAUAUCUCGUUUGAAAUCUGUAAUCCUCGAAGGAGUUCAUGAUUCAUUGGUCGAGGAAUUGUAUUGCUUUCGCCUGUUGCAGAUUUUCAAAUCUUUCAACGCCGGACAAGCAUCUUUAGAGGAUCUUGUCUUUGCUAUAAAAUCCUCUGUUGGAACAGAAGCUUUUGUGGAGGCUGUUGGAAUUGGUAAAGGGAAGCAUGAUUUGACUGGAUAUGUUCUGGACCGAUCUAAACCAAACCAAGCUCCUUCUGUUUACCCUGACAUGCCUACAGGCAAAGAUUGUUCCUUGCUUGCUUCGGAAGAUAUAAUUAAGUUCUUAACAGGUGGUUUCAGAAUAAGCAAGACAAGAUCUAAUGAACUUUUCUGGGAAGCUGUCUGGCCCCGUUUGCUUGCAAGAGGGUGGCGUUCAGAGCAGUCAAAAGAUGUCAGAACAACUAAGAAUUGCCUUGUGUUUCUUGUGCCAGGUAUCAAAAAAAUCUCGAGAAGGAAACUCACUAAAGGCACUCAUUAUUUUGAUUCUGUCAGCGAUGUUCUUAAGCGAGUUGCGGCGGAUCCCGUUCUUCUUGAGGUAGAAGUUGGCGGAGCGGACAAUGGUGUUACUGCUGAGCAGUGUGGAUAUGCUACAGACAUGAGUCUGAACCAUGAUGGUCCUUUGGAUGGAUAUCAGGAGCUUCCAAAGUUCACAAUUAUCGAUACUACCUUGGUCCAAGGGGAAGAGCCCUUCAGAGUCAGAGAGCUGAGGAAAUUACCACCUGAUGUAAAUGUCCAUUUUGGUCCUUCACGUCAUUCUUAUAAUACUGUGAGUGUCAGUUCCUCAGAGGAGCAAGAUGCGGAAGAUCAAUCAUCAGAUGACCAGGCAGAUUGUCGACAAGUUACAGCUGAUGUGAAUGAUGCCGAAAUAGUUUCAGUAUGCCAUGCAGGCAAAGAAAACCAAGUCAAUUCAUUGCAAAACAUGUUGGCUGCACCAUCGUCGAGUUUUCCAGUCAAUGGCCAUUCUUCUAAUGGCAGUACUGAAAAAACUGAUAUGACAUGCCUCUUUGGUCCCAAAACAAAAACUGAAAGACUCGAGUAUUUAACCCCAGUGUCAAAGCACAGAAGCUUACCCAGCUGUAGCAAUGAUCGGACCAGUCAGCACAGCUUUUCUUUCUCGAAAGGACAUGGUUUAGAGAGAAAGAAAAUCAAGCCGCUGUGGACUUCAACAAAACCAACUGCAGCUGAUGUCAGUGACAAUUUUCGGACUAAAAUAAUUGCGAGAUAUUCCACGAAGGAGAAGCCAUGCGAGCAGAUAACGGUUGCAUCAAACUCUUGUACCACUGACAGAUCAAACGAGAAGGUGAAUGUGUCCAGUUUAAAUGAGGACAAGUCAUCUGAGUGCAAGGUCGAGGUGGUGCCUAAAGUUUGUUCAAAGAUCAGAACCGCUGAGGCGAAAGUUGCCAAAGAAGGGGCGCAGGUUACUAGUUUGGUUAAACCGGAGACAUCACUAGAUCAUAAGAUAAGCACGAGGGUAUGUGUCGCUUCAUCAGACGAUCAUGGUUACAUGAAGGCUGAGGAAGGCCUUGCCGUUUCAAACAGCGAUUGUGUCCAUGAUGUUUCAGAGGCAACAGGACAACCUGCUAGCCUGCAACCUGACCUGGCUUCACAGGUGAAGUCUCGGAGGCAUGGAACCAGGAACAGACCUCCGACUGCAAAAGCUUUGGAAGCACUUGCCUUGGGGUUCCUUGGAGGAAAGCGUAAAGGUGAACCCAAAAACCCUGGGACAAGCAGGCCCCCCCAGAGAGCUCGCAAAUCCUUGGUUUGUACGCCUACAAGCAGUGACACAGACAAGUCCAGCAUGGAGGUUGAUUUGCAACAGUGAACAGAUUGUUACGUGUUUCUUGGUGCAAAAAAGGGCACUAUAUUGACAUUGUGGAUGAUCAAUAUCAAGUGGAACAUUAAUUAGGUCUUCAACUUCAACUAGACUUGACGCGAGUUGUCUGCAUCGAUCUUCCCUUAUGAGGCACCUUGCACUUUGUGAUUCGUAAUAUUUACAAUGCAGUGGCCAACUGGUGGAGUAGCUUAUUAAGUUGUAUGCCUGUGAAGUCUUUGCAAAACGCAACUUGGUACUCAAUUUAUUAUGGAUUGGACGGAGUAGUAACCAAUUUAUUACUCCCUCCGUCCCAAAAUAAGUGUCUCAACUUUGUACUAAAUCCAUCUACGUGUAUAAGUCAUCUUAGGUUGUGCACCUAGACGGAGGGAGUACUAAAGUUAGUACAAAGUUGAGAAACUUAUUUUGGGAUGGAGGAAAGUAUGGGCUUACAUGAUAUACAUGUCCCAUGAUGCUUUGGUUGAUAACUCGUCUUGGUCUCGGCCCAAGAUCUCCAAGACCACAUAUAUACAACUUAUAUAUUCUGGGUUUCUUUAGAUAAACAGCGUAGCUUUAUUAGAUAGCAACUGUUCAAGGAUACAUAAAUGAUCUGGAGGUGCAAGAAGCCACAUAUGACGCCCAACAUCUAUUUUUUUGAAGCCAAGACCGUAGAACAAUUGUUCUACGGUAAAUUUUCAUUAAUUAAAUAUGUACAUAUACAAAGCCUGAAUCCAGGUACGAAUCUUGAGUGCCUUA